AUGGCAAGCUGGAUGCUAUGCCUAGUCCUCAUACUGGCAGCAGUGGCAGGGGCUGUGAGAGAGACCCGCUAUGAGAAGUUCUUGCGGCAGCAUGUGGACCACCCCCGGACGCUCGGGCUUACGGGACACCUCUACUGCAGGAUCAUGCUGGCACGACGGCAAGUGACGGCCCCAGGGAGGCUUUGCAAGCAAUCCAACACCUUUGUACAUGCACCAGCUGAGGACAUGGUGGCCACCUGUACCCUCCCAGCCGACUCAAAGGGGUUCCACAGCACCUCAACACCCAUGGACAUCACAGCCUGCAACCUGCGGGGUGGAGACAGCCGGCCCCCUUGCAAUUACCAGGCCCGGCAGCUCCAUCGCUAUGUGCGUAUCUCCUGCCUUAACGGGCUGCCUGUGCACCUCGCUAACACCUAUGUAUCUGUUAAUGAGUCUUGA